AUGUAAAGAAGUCAAUCAUUUACAGACAUAUAAGAAUUGAAUAAUUGUAUUCCAAUUGAAUUGUUUGAACGUAAAGGUCCUUAAUACUAUGAAAAUCAAUAUUAAUAAUAAUACACCAUAUUCUAAUAGAGUUUUGCUCUACAUACAAGAUUAUGCCAAACUCCACUAUAAAAAUAUUAAAAUUAUGAUUUAGGCAAUACUGUAAUCAAAUAGGGUAUUGUCUAAAUCAAGAUUAACAAUGGUGGAUUCAAUAAAACUAACAUUCUUUUGACUAGAGAAAAACUUGUAUUUAUUGAAGAGAAACAAUGGGGAUCUGUUUAUAAUCUUAGAUUCCUAGGUUUCAAUUUAGUUUAAGUAUUUAUUCAUUUUUUUAUUAUUUAAAGUGUAGUAAGAAUCAAUUCAAAUUGUUUAAAUUAGAGUUUAAAUAAUAUUAGAAAGUUAUAAUUUUUAAAUGUAAUGAUGAUAUUGAAGGAAAGUUAUGGUUUUAAUGUAUUAGAAUGAUUGAAGAAAAGUUUUUAAAAGAAAUUGAAAAAUUACAUGUAAGAGAUAUAUAUUUUGGAUUGGAUUUUGUUAGAGAAGAAGAGUUUCUCAAUUGGACAGAAACAGGAGAUAUUUUAUUAUUUGAGUAUUUAUUUAUUUAUAUAUAGAACUGAUCAUUAUAUGGCUAAAUUAUAAAGAGGUAUUACAGGAUCUAAAUAUGAUCAUGUAGGAAUGAUUGUUAGAGAAAAAUAUGAAAAUGAUAUUUUGGUUUUUGAUGUAAAAAACUAAGCAGUAAAUAUAAAUUUAAAUUUAGGGUGUUGAUUUAGAAUUUUGGAAAUAUUUUAUGAAGAAAAAUAAUCUAUAUAAAAAAGUAGCUGUUAGAAAAUUACUAAAUGUUGAUAGGGAAAUAGUAAAUUCGAAAUUGCUAGAAUUUAUUGAUGUAUUAUUAAAAAUUACAAGAAAGUUAGAGAUUAAGAUUACGAAAUUAAUAUCAUGAAACUUUUACAGUAAUAAAGCGAUGGACUUAUUAAUAGAGGGUAUUUUUGCAGUGAAUUAAUUGCAAAAGCAUAUAAAUAUUGUGACUUAUUACCUUAAUAAAAAGCAAGUUCAUAAUAUUGGCCAGUCACCUUCUAAAAAACAUUAAAACUUUUAAAUAAAGCCUAAUUGAGUGAACCAAUAACCAUUUUGUUGGAUUAUGAUAUAUAUUAUUAAUUAUGAAUUAAAGUAAUUAAAAUAUAGUGAAUAGACAUGGAUUUCAGUGUAAAACAGGAAUUAAUUAUUAUCAAAUUGGAGUUGUCAUUCUAUACAUAGGACAUUUCAUCAUAAUCUUAUUUCAAACCUUAGAUUAUGUAAUAAUAUUAAUUCAAAUUUUAUAAGAAUCAAGUCUGGAUUUUGAUUUCGAUUUUCUCUUUUAUCAACUCUAUAUUUUGGUUUAUUACAACAAAAAUUGAUCCAACAGAUUAAGAGAUAUAUAUUUAAUAUAAACUAAGAGAAAAGAAGUAAAAAAUAAUAUUAAUUGUGAUAGAGUCAAAUAUGAAACGAAAUUGAAUUGUUUUUGUAAAGUAUGUUAAGCAUAUGUGAAAGGUCCAUCAAAACAUUGUAAAUAAUGUAAUAGAUGUACAGAACUAUUUGAUCAUCAUUGUGUAUGGUUAAAUAAUUGUAUUGGGUUAAGAAAUUAUAAAUAUUUCUUUAUAUUAAUCGUACUGUUAGAACUUUAUUUAAUUACUGGACUAAUUAUUUCAAUAUUUGUUAAUAAGAUACUUAGUUAUGUACACAUAGGAGUGACUAUUAUAUUAAUGAUUCCUAUCACAUUUUUACUUGUGAUGCAUAUCUAUUUCAAAUGUAAGAAUAUGACAACUUAUGAUUUUGUGUUAAGUAGAAGGAAAAAUCAGUUGAAAUUAUCUUAAGAUAAAUUAUAAGAAAAGUUAUAAGAAGGUACAUCAAAUUAAACUAAUUUGAAUACUAAUAUAAUUUCUAGAAAUUAUUUAUAACAAACUAAUUUAAAUCUUUAAAGUGCUCUUCCAAAACCUAAUAUAAUAAAAUAAGCUGCAGAUUGGGAUUAAGAAGAAGCAGAUGUAGAAGAAGGAGAGAGUUAUCAUGCAAAAGAACCUUUACCUUUGCCUAGCUAAAAAAGUAGUGCAAGAUAGAUGGAUUCUUAAUGUAAUUCAGGACAUAGAAGAACUUGUCCUAAUACUUAAAGGUAUAUUAUUUUAUGUAUUAAUUUUAGAGGAAAUACUUCAACUAUUUAGUUAACUGAACAUAAACCAAUUCGAUCUUUAUUUAAUGUAAAAGAUUUUUAAUAAAUUAUUGAAAAUUAAAUGAUGAAUAAUGUUAAUGAAGGCUCCAUCAUUCAUUUUGAUUCAAAGCAUUCAUAAAAAACUGAUUAAAUUGAAAUCAAUAAUUGA